AUGAAGGGAUUCGGAAAUGCGUUGCGGGCAGCCCCCAGGGUUCGCGCUUCACUCGCCAUCAGCCGCUCCGGGGCUGCCGCCAGGGCCAUGUCCGCGCCCCGACCCGGGAUCGAACGGCGACGCGGCGACGUCCGAUAUGCCUCCGACGCGGCCGGAUCAGAUCUCAAGAAGACGCCGUUGUAUGACUUGCACGUUGCCAAGGGCGGCAAGAUGGUAGCCUUUGCCGGCCACAGCAUGCCGGUCCAGUACUCGGACGCCUCGCUCGCCGAAUCCCACCACUUUACGCGCAGCCACGCGUCGCUCUUCGAUGUCAGCCACAUGGUCCAGCACAUCUUCAAGGGCCCCAACGCUGCCGCGUUCCUGGAGAAGCUGACGCCUUCGGGCUGGCGCAACCAGGGCAUCAUGCAGAGCAAGCUGACCACGUUUCUGUGGCCCGUCACGGGCGGCAUAGUGGACGACUCCGUCAUCACCCGGAUCGGCGAGGACGAGUACUACGUCGUCACCAACGGCGCCUGCUUCGAGAAGGACUGCAAGUAUUUCGACGACCAGCUGGGCCAGUUUGGCGGCGGCGUUGAGUGGACGAGGCUGGACCGCUCUGGCCUGGUGGCCCUGCAAGGCCCGCAAGCCGCCGAGAUUCUCAAGGAAGCCCUCGCGAGCGAGGUCGACUUGGACAAGCUUUACUUUGGCAACGCCGUCUACGCGAACCUCCGGCUGGCCGACGGUAGCAAGACGCACCCCGUCUUGAUUAGCCGCGGCGGGUACACUGGCGAGGACGGCUUCGAGAUCUCGUUCAAUGGCAAGCUGUAUGCCGCUUUGGAGACGACAGCCCCCGCCGUCGAGUCUCUGCUCGAGGUGGCUGGCCCUGAGCGCCUGCGGCUUGCCGGGCUCGGGGCUCGCGACUCUCUCCGCCUCGAGGCCGGCAUGUGCCUGUACGGCAACGACUUGGAUGACGCCACGACCCCCGUCGAGGCUGGGCUCGCGUGGGUGAUUCCCAAGGACCGCCGCGAGGCCGGGGGGUUCCACGGUGCCGAGCGCAUCAUCCGUCAACUGACGCCCAAGAGCAAGGGCGGCGCCGGGGUCGACGUCCGCCGCGUGGGGUUUGUGGUCGAAGGCGCUCCGGCUCGGGAGGGUGCCAAGGUGGAGAAGGACGGCAAACCCGUUGGCAAGAUCACCAGCGGGAUUCCCAGCCCGACACUGGGCAAGAACAUUGCCAUGGGAUACGUGCAAGAUGGAUGGCACAAGGCUGGUACCGAGCUUGACGUAGUGGUGCGCGGACGCAAGAGAAGGGGUGUUGUCAGCAAGAUGCCGUUUGUUGCCACCCGUUAUCACAAGGCGGACUAA